AUGGGUGCAAUUGCUCAAGUUCUACUGGCCUGCUCCCUUGUUGGACGGUCGCUGGCUUCAUAUUCUCUGGUCGAUAACUUCGAAGGAUCAACAUUUUUUUCGAAUUUUGACUUUUUCACCGGGGAGGACCCAACUCAUGGCUUUGUGAAGUAUGUAGGAGAGGAAGAAGCUCGAUCUGCCGGCUUAAUCGAUUUGGAGUCGCGAUACGACGGCAGCACGGUGGUUCGGAUGGGCGCUGACCACACAAAUAUCACCCCAGAUGGCCGACCAAGCGUGAGGAUAUCAAGCAAGAAAAGUUAUAACCAAGGCCUCUGGAUCAUUGAUUUCGAGCAUGUCCCUGGGCCUUCAUGUGGAAUAUGGCCGGCUUACUGGCUCCUAGGACCCAGUUGGCCAACGAAUGGAGAAGUGGAUAUCUACGAGGGUAUUAAUCUCGAUCUUUCCAACACUAUGACUCUCCAUACGGGCAAAAAUUGCACGAUAUCGAAGGAUGUUCAGUUCUCUGGCAGGUUGACGACGCCUUACUGUGACCAGAACGCUCCUCCACCGCUAGGUGGCAAUGGCUGCACAAUCAAGGCAGAUGAUCCAACAAGUUACAGUAGCGGUCUUAAUAUUGCUGGAGGAGGUGUAUAUGCGACUGAGUGGACCACUGAAGACCUCAAGAUCUGGUUUUUCCCAAGAAUCACUGGCAUUCCAAGCGAUAUAGAGGACGGAAAUCCGGAACCUUUAAACUGGGGCACACCAGCCGCCCUUUUUACCGGAAACUGCAGCUUCACGGAAAGCUUCAGGGAUAUGCAAAUAAUAUUUGAUAUUACCUUUUGCGGUGACUGGGCUGGAAGCCCGAAGAUCUGGGAAGAAUCUCCAUGUUCUGCCGUCACAUCGGAAUGCAAAACGUUUGUCGAGAAUUUCCCGCAUGCAUUCAAAGAAGCGUACUGGGCAAUCAAGUACCUGAACGUAUAUCAAAAGCCAGCGGAAGCACCAGUCGGCCACAAGCUCCAUAGUAAAUGGCAGCAUAGACGCACGCAUCGCCAUCAGCACUUGCUACAUUGA